UUGGAUUACUCUAUCCUUGUUUCAAACAACAUUAGUAUGGCAAGAGAUCAACUUGCCAAUGAACGAAACUGGCUAACUUGGUUUCGACUCUCCUGUACAUUGAUUAUUCUUGGGUUUAGUAUACUCGUGCAGUUUCGUUUACCUGAUCCAUCCGAUCCAACUCCAAGAGUAGCCACGAUGGCUGAUACAGGCAACUCGAAUCGACCGGUAGGAUUUAUCUUUUGUGCCAUUGGUUUUUUAUGCUUUAUUGUGGGUCUUGGUAAAUACUUUAAAAAUCAACGAUUACUCGUCAAACAAGCAACGUACGUAGAAGCGGGUUGGGGAAGUUAUGUCGUGGUUGGUAUCUUGUUUUUAUUUGUAUGUACAGUCAUGAUACUU